AUGUCUGGGAAGCCGGCUCUGCGGGCCCCCGGAGGCCCCUGGGCUGCAGCUGUGAUUCUGUGGCUGGUGGCACUGAGGGCCCCAGUGGCUGAGGGCAGAGACUCCCCAGGGGACUUCGUGCACCAGUCUAACUUCUUCUGCUACUUCACCAACGGGACGGAGCGCGUGCGGCUCCUGCACAGAUACGUCUACAACCGGGAGGAGAUCGCGCGCUUCGACAGCGACGUGGGCGAGUACCGCGCGCUGACCCCGCUGGGGCGGCCGGACGCGGAGUACUGGAACAGCCAGAAGGACCUCCUGGAGCGGAGGCGGGCCGAGGUGGACACGGUGUGCAGACACAACUACCCUAUGGAUGAGGCCAUGACCUUGCACCUGAGAGCGGAGCCCACAGUGACCAUCUCCCCGGCCAGGACAGAGGCCCUGAACCACCACAACAUGCUGGUCUGCUCGGUGACGGACUUCUAUCCAGCCCACGUCCGAGUCCGGUGGUUCCGGAACGACCAGGAGGAGACGGCCGGCGUCGUGUCCACCCCCGUCAUCAGGAACGGGGACUGGACCUACCAGGUCCUGGUGAUGCUGGAAAUGACCCCCCAGCGAGGAGACACCUACACCUGCCGCGUGGAGCACCCCGCCCUCCAGAGCCCCAUCACAGUGGAGUGGCGGGCACAGUCUGGAUCCGCCCAGAGCAAGAUGCUGAGUGGCGUCGGGGGCUUCGUGCUGGGGCUGAUCUUCCUGGGGCUGGGCCUUGUCGUCCGUCACAGGAAGCAGAAGGGGCUCCUGCGCUGA